UAAAUAAAUAAACAAUAACAAACUUUUUAUAUUUUAGAUUGUUGAUCGAAAUUCUACAAUACUACAAUGGAAUCCUUGAUUCAGAUUGUAAACAAAUUACAGGAUGUUUUUGCUGUAAUCGGAGAACACAAAAUUGACUUACCUCAGAUUGUGGUUGUCGGAUCUCAGAGUUCGGGAAAGAGCUCAGUUUUGGAAAGUUUGGUCGGUAAAUCUUUUUUACCUAGAGGUACAGGAAUUGUAACUCGUGCACCACUCUUUCUUCAAAUGAUUAGGUAUUCUGAAGAAGACUACCAGGAAAUGGUCAAAAUAACAAAAAAUCGUAAUAUUAAAUGUUGGGCAACGUUCCUUCAUAAAGAUGGUAUAAUUUAUGAAAAUUUUGAUGAAGUAAGAUAUGAAAUCGAAAAACGAACUGAUGUUUUGGCUGGUGAUAACAAGGGCAUUACCCAUGAGCCAAUCGUCCUGAAAGUUUUUACUCUGUCCUUCGAUCUCACAUUUGUGGAUUUGCCAGGAAUCACAAAAGUACCUGUUGGCGAUCAACCGGAGGAUAUUGAUGAGCAAAUUCAAGAGCUUAUAUUAAAAUAUGUAAAACAGCCGAAUUCAAUAAUUUUAGCUGUUGUAACUGCUAAUACAGAUCCAAGUACAUCUGAAAGUCUGAAAAUUGCUAGAAAAAUGGACCCUGAAGGUGCAAGGACAAUUGCCGUGGUUACUAAGUUAGAUUUGAUCGACAAAGGUACAAUUCAAGACACUACUGAUCUGCUCUGUGGUCAUAGAAUUCCUGUGAAACUGGGCAUAAUUGGAGUGGUCAAUAGAAGCCAAAAAGAUAUAAACGACAAUAAAUCAAUGAAAGAAACGGUGAAAAGUGAAAAGGAUUUUUUGAGAAUGAACUACCCAGACAUCUACAAAAAUCACGGUAACAAAGUGUUGGCUAAAAAACUGCAAGAUAUAUUGGUAAAACAUAUCAAAAAUACUCUUCCAGCAUUGCUAAAAAAUUUAAAUGACACAAAGACAAAACUACAAAAUGAGUUAAAAACAUUGCAAACACCUGAUAGCAAGGUAUCAUUUGUAUUAGGCUUAUUUAAAGAAAUAUACAAGUCGUAUUGUGAUACAGUACUGGGCAACACAAAAAAUAUUUCCGAUAACACAGUUAUGGGUGGUGCCAGAAUUUCACAAAUUAUAAAUGAAGAGUAUUCAGAGAAAGUGAAUAAAAUUGAUCCCUUACUUAACUUAUCUGAAGAACAGAUAAGAAUUAUUUUACUGAACACAGCUGGAAUUACCAACAGCUCGUUCGUCAAUCUAAAAGCUCUGGAGAAUAUGAUAGGUAGACAGUUGAAUAACCUAAUUGAGCCAUCCUUGCGCGCUGUGGACAUUGUACGUGGAGAGAUGCUGAAAAUAUUUGAUUUAAUUGAUGAAAAUAUUUUAGGAACUUUAAAAAGAUAUCCCAGGAUAAAUUCAGAUGUGAGAAAUGUCCUUAAUACUGUAUUGGAUGAGUAUCUAACUAACUUGAAAGAAUGUAUAAAUUCUCACAUUGAGACUUACCAGACAUGUUUGAAUACGAAAAACCCUAUAUUUUUGCUAAAAUUAGUCCACUUUUCUACUAAUGAGUGCAAUACAAAGAAUGAUGCUCCUAAUGUUAUUUCUGCGUUUUUUGAACAGAACAAGGGCGAUGUUAAAGAGGAACAUCUUAUACAAAAGUUCAAAGAAAUGUUAUCCGGGUUAACUGACCAUGCUGCUGAAACAUCAGAACAAGUCAAGAUUCAUAAACGGUUGACUCACUGUUAUUUUGAGUUUAUCAGAGAAAUCAUUGUUGACUAUGUACCGAAAAGAAUUCACCAUAAAAUGGUGAAUUUAGUUUUGAACAAUUUCGAACAUGAAUUGGACGAAAAAGUUUUUACUUUGUAUGUAAUUAAUCAAUCGUUUAAUGAAGUUUUGGUUGAAGAAGAAGGCGUUGUUGAAGAUCGAGAACGGGUAGAGCAAAUGUUGUUUGCUGUCAACAAAGCUUUGAAAAGUAUGGUAGAUAUUCAGUGUUUCUGAUACGAAGUUUACAACAAA